AUGGUUCACACGAAAGUAGUCAUCAUCGGCUCUGGCCCCGCCGCUCACACCGCUGCCAUCUACCUGUCGCGUGCGGAGCUUAAGCCCGUCCUCUAUGAGGGUAUGCUGGCCAACGGCACCGCUGCAGGUGGCCAGCUUACUACCACCACCGAUGUCGAGAACUUCCCCGGUUUCCCUGACGGCAUCAACGGAUCGGAGCUCAUGGAUGCCAUGCGCAAACAAUCCAUCCGAUUCGGAACCGAAGUGAUCACCGAGACAAUCUCGCGGAUCGAUCUGUCGCAGAAGCCUUUCAAGCUCUGGACGGAGUGGAAUGACGGUCCCGACAACCAGCCUGCCCACACCGCUGAUGCUGUUAUCAUUGCUACCGGUGCCAAUGCCCGCCGUCUCAACCUGCCUGGUGAGGAGGUCUACUGGCAGAACGGAAUCAGUGCCUGCGCUGUGUGCGAUGGUGCUGUUCCUAUCUUCCGCAACAAGCCCCUCUACGUUAUUGGUGGUGGUGACUCUGCCGCUGAAGAGGCCAUGUUCUUGGCCAAGUACGGCUCCAACGUCACCGUGCUUGUUCGCCGUGACAAGCUCCGUGCCUCCAAGGCCAUGGCCAACCGUCUCCUGGCCCACCCCAAGGUCAACGUCCGCUUCAACUCUGUCGCCACUGAGGUUCUCGGUGAGCAGAAGAAGAACGGUCUGAUGACCCACCUCCGCGUCAAGGACACCGUCACUGGCGAGGAGGAAGUUGUUGAUGCCAACGGUCUUUUCUACGCCGUCGGUCACGACCCCGCCACUGCUCUGAUUAAGGGCCAGAUUGACGUCGAUGAGGAUGGUUACAUCGCCACUGUUGCUGGCACCAGCGUCACCAGCCGCGAGGGCGUGUUUGCUUGCGGUGAUGUGCAAGACAAGCGUUACCGCCAGGCCAUCACCAGUGCUGGAUCUGGUUGCAUUGCUGCUCUCGAGGCCGAACGAUUCAUCGCCGAGAAUGAAACAAACGGAGAGCUUCCCGCUGCUCACGCCAACCCCGCUCUGUAA